AUGUCGCCACAAGAAGCGAUGAUCACUGAUCAUCAGAAACAGAGCAGUAGUAGUAGUGAUGAAGUCAUUUUCCGAUCAAAGCUGCCGGAUAUUUACAUCCCUAACCACCUCCCUCUCCACGACUACAUCUUCGAGAACAUCUCCGAGUUCUCCGAUAAACCAUGUCUGAUCAACGGUCCCACCGGCGAGGUUUACUCUUACGCCGACGUCCAAGCCACGUCACGCAAAAUCGCCGCCGGUCUUCGUAAUCUCGGCGUCAACAAACACGACGUCGUAAUGCUCCUCCUCCCGAACUCGCCGGAAUUCGUCCUCACCUUCUUCGCUGCCUCUUUCCUUGGCGCAAUCACCACCGCCGCAAAUCCUUUCUUUACCACGGCGGAGAUCACUAAACAAGCCAAAGCCUCCACCGCGAAGAUCAUCGUCACACAAUCACAAUACGCCGGAAAAGUCAACAACCUCCAAAACGACGGCGUCUCCAUCAUCUGCACCGACGACUCCUCCUCCAUCCCCGAAGGCUGCCUCUGUUUCUCCGAGUUGACUCAGUCCGGAGAAGAAAUAGAGGAAAACGCGACGGAGAUAUCUCCAGACGACGUCGUGGCGCUCCCUUACUCCUCCGGCACGACGGGUCUACCAAAAGGAGUGAUGCUAACACACAAAGGUCUCGUCACGAGCGUGUCGCAGCAAGUCGACGGCGAAAAUCCGAACCUUUACUUUCACAGAGAGGACGUGAUACUCUGUGUAUUGCCUAUGUUCCACAUCUAUGCUCUUAACUCCAUUAUGUUAUGUAGUCUUAGAGUUGGUGCUACGAUCUUGAUAAUGCCUAAGUUCGAGAUCAGUCUCUUGUUAGAGCAGAUUCAGAGGUGUAAAGUUACGGUGGCUAUGGUCGUGCCGCCGAUUGUUUUGGCCAUGGUGAAGUCGCCGGAGACGGAGAAGUAUGACUUGAGCUCGGUUAGGGUGAUAAAGUCAGGUGCGGCUCCUCUUGGUAAGGAGCUUGAAGAUGCCGUUAGUGCUAAGUUUCCUAAUGCCAAGCUUGGUCAGGGCUAUGGAAUGACAGAGGCUGGUCCAGUGCUAACAAUGUCGCUAGGGUUCGCGAAAGAGCCGUUCCCAGUGAAAUCAGGAGCAUGUGGUACGGUCGUGAGGAAUGCCGAGAUGAAGAUCGUUGAUCCAGACACCGGAGAUUCCCUUCCAAGGAACAAACCCGGCGAGAUAUGCAUCCGCGGCCACCAAAUCAUGAAAGGUUACCUCAAUGACCCGGAGGCUACCGCAGCUACGAUUGACAAAGAUGGUUGGCUUCACUCUGGAGACGUUGGAUUGGUCGAUGAAGAUGACGAGCUUUUCAUUGUCGAUCGCUUGAAAGAAAUAAUCAAGUACAAAGGAUUUCAAGUGGCUCCCGCGGAGCUUGAGUCUCUCCUCAUCUCUCACUCAGACAUCAACGAUGUGGCUGUCGUCGGAAUGAAAGAAGAAGGUGUUGGUGAGGUUCCUGUUGCGUUUGUGGUGAGAUCGAAGGAUUCAAAUAUAUCAGAAGAUGAAAUUAAGCAAUUCGUGUCAAAACAGGUUGUGUUUUACAAGAGAAUCAACAAAGUGUUCUUCACUGACUCCAUUCCUAAAGCUCCAUCUGGGAAGAUAUUGAGGAAAGAUCUAAGAGCAAAACUAGCAAAUGGAUUGAUCGAUGAGCUAAGUUCAAAAUGA